AUGAAGGUAGCCAUCCCCACCAUUUCAGCGGCUGCGACUUCCGAAACCUCAGGCAAGGCUGAGGACUAUGAGAUGGAGGACGCGGCGACUUCAAAUCCCGCCCCAACCAAUGACAUUAUCACCCUUCCUGACGACGAUGAUGAGGAUGAGGAACCAUUGAGGGCUAGGCGGAGCAGGAAGGCAUCUACUGGCCAUGCAGCCCAAGGUGUGGUGGCGCCCGAGACCAUUGCGACGGAAGGGGAGGUCGGCACUCGACACACCGUGUCAUUCGCGGUGCCGUUGACGAGUGCUCGACCCACUUCGUCGAGUGCUGGGCAGCCAUCGAUCUUCGCCACGCACCACGUCCCGGAGGACCAGGCUAGUGCUGCUAAGGAGGCUAUCCGUCAAGCAGAGAUCAUGAUGGAGCAGAAAUCCUGCGAUCUUGCGACGCGCUAUACUGAACUGGAGCAGAAGCAUACUCAGCUCGAACUGGACUUGAAGCUAGUGCAGGAGAAUCUGACGAGGGCAAAGGAGGAGACCAAAGGCAAGGUGAAGGAGGCCCAGAGGAAGAAGGAGCUUGAGCUGUCUGAGAAGAUCAAGCUUGCUGAUGAAAAACUGGCCUCAGUCACCAAGCUCGAACAGGAUAACACCAAUCUGAAGGCUGCUCUGGCCAUUGCCAGCAAGGAUGUUGAACGACUGAAGGCUGACAAGACUACUCUGACUGAGAAGAUCAACCAGAUGGCUGGGAAGAAGAACGAGCUGGAAGGCUUCUUGGGUGGUCUUGCCAAAAAAUUGUUCCUUAUGCUUGAAGAGUUCUGUCGCAACUUUGAAGAAGAAACCAGCCAGGUGGAGACGAACCUUGACCCUGUCAAUUCUCCAGUGAAUGAUGAAACUGCCAUGAACAUCUUCCGACUGGAGUCCCGUGUUGCUGCCGUCGUGGAUUAUCUUGCAAGACUGAAGGUUGCUACAUCCCGCAUCGACUCGACGCUCUGGCCCAGGGAAAGACUCCAAAAUGACCUCGAGUCGUUGGUGACUCGACUGAACGCUGUCCCUGACCGAGUGCAAGAGUGGAAGAAGUCUUCAGCUCGAUGUGGUGCGGAUGUCGCCCUGUGUCUGGCACGAGUCCAUUGCAAGGAUGCUCGAGAGGAUAAGCUGGCGGCUCUCCGAGUGGCCAACACCAAAAAGCACGACUUCAGGGCCUUCAUGGAGACUUUCAUUGCUGCUGCUACGCGGAUUGCCGACGGGAUUGACCUUGACGAGUUCGUUGCUCCAUCCAGCCCUCCACAGGAGGGGUAAAAAACUUUCCUUGACCUUAAAUUUGCCUCGGUAUGCCGAGUAGAGU